UUUUAUACAAUUUUAUUACGGUUUUUAAUCAAAAAUAACAAUGGAAGAUCAACAAUUAAGUAAUUUAAUUAAAUGGCUAGAUACAUUUGAUUUACAAACUCCUCACUUAACAGCUGAAGAUAUAAGUGAUGGCGUAGCUUUAGCAGAUGCCUUGGCCCAAAUUGCUCCAGAAUGGUUCACUGCUGCUUGGAGAGCAAAAAUAAAAACUGAUGUUAGUUCAAACUGGCGGCUUAAAGUUAGUAAUCUUAAGAAAAUAGUUGAAGCUGUAAUGGAAUAUUACAUUGAAUGCUUAAAUCAACAGUUAUCAGGUUAUAUUAAACCUGAUGCGACAAAAAUUGGCGAACACUGUGAUAAUCAUGAAUUACGUCGUUUAUUACAAUUAAUUCUUGGGUGUGCAGUUAAUUGUAAUCAAAAGCAGCAAUAUAUAACAAGAAUUAUGGGUAUGGAGGAAACUGUUCAGCAAGCAAUUAUGCAAAGUAUUCAAGAAUUGGAGGGUAAUAUGAAUGGACCAAGAUUAAGUUUAGGUACUAGUCUUAAUUUUGAAUCUUUAGACGUGGCUGAUGGUAAUCAGCAAAGGCUAUUAGCAGAGCUUCAAUUAAAUGUUGAUAUGAAAGAACAAUUAGCGCAGAAGUGUCAUGAACUUGAUCAGCAGCUAUCACUUUUACAAGAAGAAAAAGCAGCAUUGGUAGCAGAAAAUAAAAAACUUCAAGAACGGUUAGAUGAAUUUGAAAAUCCAGAAGAAACUGGUUCCAUUUUAAAAUAUUCUGGUCUCAGGAAACAAGUGGAAGCAUUGAAGGAUGAAUUAUUUAAAGUAGAAACUUCCAGAGAUGAUUAUAGAUUAAAAGUGGAAUUAUUAGAAAAAGAAGUAUUAGAGUUACAGUCUAGACAGGAAGAUUUGCAAAAAGCUGCAGAUGAAGUCAAUCAUCUGAAAGAUGAAAUAGACGCAUUAAAGGAAACUGCAGAUAAAGUAACUAAGUAUGAGCUUACAAUAGAAUCAUACAAAAAGAAAAUGGAAGACUUAAGUGAUUUAAGAAGGCAAGUUAAAAUAUUGGAAGAUAAAAAUUUGGAGUACUUACAAUCCAAGAUCGAUUAUGAAGAAGAGGUUAAACGGACUGCAAUGCUACGUAAUCAUUUGGAAGUUUGUAAACAGCAACUUGCAGAAGCACAUCAUAAAUUAGAUGAACAAACUAAUAAAUGUGAUAAAUUGGAGUUUGAAGGUAAAAAAAUGGAAGCAAAAUUAAGUACUUUACAAAGGGAAAGAGACAGAUUAGUCGUGGAAAGGGAUGUUUUAAAAGAAACAAAUGAGGAAUUGAAAUGCACACAAUUACAAGCAGCAGAAAAUAUAACAAAACCUAGUACUGAUAGUACUGUUACAAAUAUGGAAAUGAUACCACUUGAAAUUAAAGCAAAAUUAUUAUGUUUACAAUAUGAAAAUAAAAUGUUGAAACUCAAACAGAAGGGUAAUGAAGAUAAGCUACCAACAGUUCAAGAUCUAUUACAAGAUUCAGAAGAAAGAUUAAAUACACUAAGAGGUCAAAAUCGCAAAGCAAAUCAAAGAAUAAUCGAAUUAGAAAACAGAUUGGAAGAAGUGUUAGGAAAUCAUUCAAAUGGUGAUGUUAAAACUGAUAAUGGUAAUUUAGGACAGAAAAUAACACAAUUGCAAGAUGAGUUAAGAAGAAUACAGGCAGAAAAGGAACGUUUACUGUUACAAGUUGAAGAACGAGAAAAUGCAUUACAGGCUCAAAAACAGAAAGCCUUUGCUCUUCAAGAAAAAUUAACACGUCGAGAAUACGAUAAUGCAGCACUUGAAGAACGUUAUAAGAAAUAUGUAGAAAAAGCAAAAAGUGUUAUAAAAAGUUUAGAUCCUAAACAAAAUAAUUCAUCUCCAAAUGAAGUAGCUGUUUUAAGAAAUCAGAUUUUAGAACAACGUAAAAUUAUGGAAGAUAUGGAACGCUCUUUUAAAGAAUCUAAAUUAAUUACAGAAAUGGAAGAAAAACUAAUAUUAUCUGCUUUUUAUCGCUUAGGUUUAAGUUGUCAUAGAGAAGCAAUAGAUCAGCGUCUUGCAGCCUUAAGUUCAGGUCAAGGACAAUCUUUCUUAGCAAGACAAAGACAACCGUCUGCUAGACGUCAUCCACCUUAUAAUUCUAAGUAAGAACUAAUAAAAGAAUUAUGUUUAUUAAUUUUAUUCAGAAUGAUGCUUAUAUUAAUGAAGGUAAUUUAAAUUAUAACAUUCAUUUAUAUUUAUUGUAAAAUGUGCUGUAUAACUACUGUUAAUUAUUGACAAAACAAUUUUAUUUACCAUUUUAUAAAUGUACAUAAAUACACGAAUUCAAUGUAUAUACUGUAUAUGUAUAUUACUGAUAAUGAUGCUAUUAAAGCAUAUUAAAUAUUUGUACAUAUUAUUGUAUGUAUGAACAUUAAUAUGUACUCUUAUGUUUCUACUUGAGAGAAAUAUAUUUAAAA